AGUUCUUUCUUCGCCCAAUCCAUCCCCUUUUGACUUCCCCAUGGCUCGCUACUCCCUCUGCGCUCUCCUCCUCUUCGCCGCCGUGGCCGCUGCCGCUGGUGCCAACACCGACGCUGAUGACAUCCUGAUCCGUCAGGUGGUGCCGGAGGGCGAGGUAGAGGACCACCUGCUGAACGCGGAGCACCACUUCUCGAACUUCAAGGCGAAGUUCGGGAAAACCUACGCGACGAAGGAAGAACACGAUCAUCGCUUCGGGGUAUUCAAGUCAAACCUGCGCAGGGCGAGGCUUCACGCGCAACUCGACCCCUCCGCCGUCCACGGCGUCACCAAAUUCUCCGAUCUCACUCCGGCGGAGUUCCAUCGCCAGUUCCUCGGUCUCAAACCGCUCCGCUUGCCGUCAAACGCGCAGAAGGCCCCCAUCCUCCCCACCAACAAUCUCCCAAAAGAUUUCGAUUGGAGAGACAAAGGAGCCGUCACUGGCGUCAAGGACCAAGGUGCGUGUGGAUCGUGUUGGUCUUUCAGUACCACGGGGGCAUUGGAAGGAGCUCACUUUUUGGCUACUGGUGAGCUUGUGAGUCUUAGUGAGCAACAGCUUGUGGAUUGCGACCACGUGUGUGAUCCAGAAGAAUAUGGAGCGUGUGACUCAGGCUGUAAUGGUGGCUUGAUGAACAACGCAUUUGAGUACAUACUUGGGGCUGGGGGAGUACAGAGAGAAAAGGACUAUCCAUACACUGGAAGAGAUAGCUCCUGCAAAUUUGAUAAAAGCAAAAUUGCAGCUUCUGUAGCUAAUUACAGUGUGAUUUCCCUUGAUGAAGAUCAAAUUGCUGCAAAUCUUGUGAAGAAUGGCCCUCUUGCAGUGGCUAUCAAUGCAGUAUAUAUGCAGACAUACAUUGGUGGUGUCUCUUGUCCAUACAUCUGUGGGAAGCAUUUGGAUCAUGGGGUUCUUUUAGUGGGUUAUGGUGAAGGUGCAUAUGCUCCCAUUCGUUUUAAGGAAAAGCCUUACUGGAUCAUUAAGAAUUCGUGGGGGGAGAGCUGGGGAGAGAAUGGAUACUACAAGAUCUGCAGAGGUAAAAAUGUAUGUGGAGUAGAUUCCAUGGUCUCAACAGUAGGUGCUAUACAUACAUCCAGCCAGUAAACACUAGGAUAUAAUAUAUCAUUCUGGUUGUGUGAUGUGAUACUGGACUAGAAUAGUUUGUAUAAAUAUUUAUGUUAUGAACUCUAUCGUUUGGAUCAGUAAACUUCUAAGAUCAUGUUGUUUAUGCAGUAUGUAAUUCUGUAUGCUUGUCAGUCCAGUGCCUAUGUUCUUUGUUAUGGCAACUUGGCAGAGUAAAUGAAUUGGAAAUACUUCAGUGUAAAA